UCGCACCUGCCCGCGCCGCGCUGCCCGCCCUGGCCCGGCCGCCCCCGGCCGCGCCGCCCGCCGCCUGCACCGGGCCGGUGCUGGCGCGGCUGCAGGGCCGCGAGUUCGAGUUCCUCAUGCGGCAGCCGGCCGUCACCAUAGGCCGCAACUCCUCGCAGGGCUCGGUGGACGUCAACAUGGGGCACUCCAGCUUCAUCUCGCGGCGGCACCUGCAGCUCAGCUUCCAGGAGCCGCACUUCUACCUGCGCUGCCUCGGCAAGAACGGCGUCUUCGUGGACGGCGCCUUCCAGCGCCGCGGCGGCCCGGCCCUGCAGCUCCCGCCGCAAUGUACUUUCCGAUUUCCUAGCACCGCUAUAAAAAUCCAGUUCACAUCUUUAUACCAUAAAGAGGAAGUAAAAGAGGAAGCCUCAACACAUCCCCUUCGGCCACUUUACCCUCAAAUCUCACCUCUGAAGAUCCACAUCCCGGAGCCGGAUCUCCGGAGCGUGGUCAGCCCCCUCCCGUCCCCCACAGGCACUAUCAGUGUUCCCAACUCUUGCCCAGCCAGUCCACGUGGUGCUGGAUCCUCAGGAUAUCGUUUUGUUCACAACAUUACCUCGGAUCUGCAGCUGGCAGCAGAGUAUGCGGCAAAGGCAGCAUCAGAGCAGCAGGCAGAUGCAUCUGGAGGGGACAGCCCAAAGGAUGAAUCCAAGCCACCCUAUUCUUAUGCUCAGCUAAUUGUGCAGGCUAUAUCUUCAGCACAGGACAGGCAAUUAACACUAAGUGGGAUCUAUGCCCACAUUACCAAGCAUUAUCCAUAUUACAGGACUGCUGACAAAGGCUGGCAGAAUUCCAUUCGGCACAACCUCUCCUUGAACCGUUAUUUUAUUAAAGUCCCACGCUCCCAAGAGGAGCCUGGAAAGGGCUCAUUUUGGAGGAUUGACCCUGCCUCUGAAGCCAAACUUGUAGAACAAGCAUUUAGAAAAAGAAGGCAAAGAGGAGUGUCCUGCUUCCGAACACCUUUUGGGCCUCUCUCCUCCAGGAGUGCUCCUGCCUCCCCUACUCACCCUGGCCUGCUGUCCCCUCACUCUAGUGGCCUACAGACUCCAGAGUGCCUGUCACGGGAGGGCUCACCCAUUCCACACGAUCACGACUUUGGGUCAAAGUUAGCCUCAGUUCCAGAGUAUCGGUAUUCCCAGAGUGCACCUGGAUCUCCAGUGAGUGCCCAGCCAGUGAUUAUGGCUGUUCCUCCCCGACCAUCCACCCUGGUGGCCAAACCAGUGGCCUACAUGCCAGCAUCCAUAGUGACUUCUCAGCAGCCUUCGUGCCACGCAAUCCACGUCGUUCAACAAGCCCCCACUGUCACCAUGGUCCGAGUGGUGACCUCCUCUGCAAACUCUGCAAAUGGAUACAUCCUCACAAACCAGGGCACAGCAGGAGGAGCUCAUGAAGCUGCAGGAGCAGUGUUGGACUUAGCUGCUGACCACCGAGGCAUGGACGAGAAGCCAACGAUCGCCUUUGCCACGAUCCCCACGGCCAGCCGUGUCAUCCAGACAGUGGCCAGCCAGAUGGCCCAGGGUGUCCCUGGGCAGACUGUCACCAUCCUGCAGCAGGCAGCUCCAGUGGCCCUGGGGCAGCACCAGCUCCCGGUGCGGGCGGUCACCCAGAACGGCAAACACGCCGUGCCCACCAACAGCAUCGCCGGCAGCGCCUACGCUCUUACAAACCCACUGCAGCUCCUUGCAGCCCAGGCCAGCUCGUCCACUCCUGUUGUAGUCAGCCGGGUCUGCGAGCCGGGGACCGAAGAGACGGCGGCAGCUCCCUCCAGUGAGCCUGAAGUGAAGAGAGCACGGAUAGAGGAGCCCAGUGGAGCAGUGCCAGCCCAGGCUGGAGUCAUCACGUCCACAGUGCCACAGGGACAGGCAACCAGUGAAUGAAGAAGCGGUGGGAGGAGCUGGAGCGAUGGCGGGGUGGGCAUGGGAUGGCAGGAGCCCUAAAGCAGCUUUCACAGGAAACCAACCACAACUGUAACAGCUCAAAACACAGCUGAUAGAGAGCUCUUUUUAAAGGCAGAUUUUUCAAUGGGAGGACAACAGCUGUUGUAAUCACAAGGUGCCAAAAAGAAUGGAUAAUCCCUCCCAAGAACCCAUAUCUGGAACUCUGUUCUGUCUCUACUUAUGGGAUAUUUUUUUCCUUUUUUUUCCUUUAUUUUUUUUUAAGAUUCAAAAAAAUACAGACAAGUGAUUGUAUGACUGCUGGGAUAUUUUUAACUAUCUUUUCCCCUUUUGGCUCCAAGGGGAUGGGAUUUGCAGUUCAGAAUCUAAAGGAAUGUAAUACAAAUACAAUCUGCUCCCUGGAAAGAAAACUCCUCACGUUCUAUGCCUUAAUACCACGCUUCUGAGAGCUUUGAACCAUAGGACCAUUUUAAAAAGGUCACCUAAGGCAAUCAAAUGCUGAAUGUGGGUGCAGUAUCUCACAACAACAUUAAAGAAACAUGGUACCAAGCUUAAAAAAAAAAGGCAAAUGAUUCUGGUUUUUUAAAACAGAAAAUUCUGAAUAUAAAUGUUUAUUUAUAUGGGGAUUCAGGAGGAAGAGUUACAGGGCUCUGCCACCUGGAUUUCCAGAUGAAAUUUCUCUCCAUUCCCUCUGAGGGAGAAUAGGAUGACAGAGGAACUGUAUUAACUUGGUUCCUGUAAAGAUGUUAAAAACAAAGGGGUUUGUAUCUUUACAAAUAACUUCUUACAAUUAUUCAUCACUUGCUCUGGACAACAGCCAAAGUAUCUUGAUGCCUGAGGAUCCCAUGGGAAGGGUGUCUCCAGGAGGCUCUGUGUGCAUUUGAUUGAUCACAGCUUGUGUGAAGCACCAUCUUUUGUUCAAAUCAGCACUGUAGGUGAAGGCAUGGCCACUGUCUAUGUGAACUUGAGAAAAUAUUGGUUGAUGUUCUGCACUAAAGAUGUCACCUUCACCUCCUGGUGGUGGUGUGGUCCUUAGCUCGAUGGAGCCUGGUCAGGAGGUCAGAGCUGACCCUCUUUCAUGGCUAACAGCAAAAUUCCUUUGUUACUCUUUGGAGAGGGAAGUUUAGGGCUUGCAUGAGAGGCAGCAGAGGUCAUACCAUGGUUCAUUCAAAUUCUGUCAGGGUGUAGUAGACCAAGGCAAAAGACUUCUCUUUUAUUUUCCAUGUGGCAAAACUCACUGGAGGUCUUCAAACAGUUUUACCAAAAUUGAUUUGGAGGUUUGCUUUCAUUGCUUGGCUCCCUCUGCCAUCUCUCCUGCCUUGAGGACCAUGUGGGUUGGCCAGUAGGAGGAGGCCUUUACUCACACUGUAUUUCAGGCUCCUCAUGUAGUACAAGGAUGUCUUUCAAGGAAGGCAGAUUUGACUUGUGACUUUUUAUGAUUAGCAAAGAAAUCCACCCCUGCCUGUAGCCUCCAGCAAACCCCUUUGGCUUUACACCCUUUGCAGUCCCAUUGGCUAACAUGUCUUCUGGCAGCACAGCAGAGAUUUUUAAUUUAGCAAAUGUUACUUUGGUAAUGGCAAGAGAGACUUAAGAGGGGUGGGCUGUGCCUCUGUCCAGUCUGACAAGGCAGAGAGGCAAAACCUACUGCAGAAACAUUGCAAAAAGCCUUCCCCAAUGUGCAGUAAAUGAUACUGUCAGCAUAUCUGUGGGGAUUAGGGGCAAGGCACAGCCCUUCGGUGCCUGCUGGAAUCUGGGGAGGAAGUCCACAAGGUAACAGCUGGCAUCACUUGUUCCCUUCUGGGUUUCCUUUGUCUUUGCCAAAUCCUAUUCAAUAACCAAGUCCCACCACUUGAAUAAAAUCCAGACAUGUUUAAUUCUCAAAUCCAUUAUUUUGUGAGAAAUAUUGCUGAAAGAAGGAAAGAAUUUCUUGGUCUCAUGAUUUGCGGUUACUUUCUGCGGAGAGAGGCACAUAAAAUAUUCAUGACAGAUCAUUUAUCUCAGCUGGGCUUUCAGAAUUCAGGUGUGUGCCCUUAGUGACAAGUUAUUAGAUGGGAUUUUAGUACUUUGAAAUGGUUUUGUGAAGGAGGAUUGUUAGAGACCACAAAGUAAUUGAAGCAGGCUGGCCUCCAGCUGUCCCUUCUCCCGCUAGGAAGGCAAGGUGUGGCGCAGCGGAAAAGCACACAGAUUAGCUCUGUUUUCUGUAGCCUUUUCAAAGCCAGGAGUCAAUAAAAUGAACUUCUAGGUAGAAGGCACAAGUGAGAGUGCAGCACAGUCUCUGUGAUGAAUCAUUACUUUCAGGUGACUGCUGGUUUGGGUACAGGCACACCUCUGAAACAGCCCCGAGGCUCGGGAGCGCUCCGGAAGCAAAGGAGUCCUUGGCUUUCCAGAGUGUUGGGUGAGUCAGAGCAAGAUGAAAAACCAACAGAAAACUGUUCAGGAUGUGGAGCUGCCAAGAUUCUGUGGAUUUUUCUUUGCUGAUGCUUUUCUCUUGAAGAGUCUAAAUAAUUAAGCCGUGAACUCCAGUAAACCAGUGCAGCACUAUAGAAAGACAUCAGCUGAGUGACAAUGUUUUCAUCCACUAUAAAGCUGCUGCUCUGUAGAUACUUCCUGAAAGUCCAUCCUCAGGUUGCAUGUGUAGGUCUGCCUCCUGAGUAUUUAGAACAGAAUAACACUUCCUGUCUCUUCUUUUUGUGGCUCACAAUGCCUGCUGAUUCUAAUGGGAGUUGAGGAUAAGCAAAUAUCUUUGUUCUGUUCACCCUUUCUGCUUGAGAUGUCUGGAACUUGUCAGUUCACCCUGUCAGGGUUUUUUUGCUUUAUCAGUCUGCUGCAUCCCUCUGCUGCUGUAGGAAGCAGUCCUGCCACUUGCAGAUUUAUUUUUUUUUUUGGUAGGUUUGGCUAAACAUUGCCUGGUACCAGGCAAAAUAACUGUUCUUGUUAAAUCGUGUUGAGAGCUGUGGAAAAGUGUGGUCCUCAUCCCGAACAUGUGAGAUGAAGACAUCUUCUUUCAGGCCUCCAGAUGAAUUCUUUCAGCACUGAUCAGUCUGGAUGACAGCACCAUUCUUUCUACAUACCUGUCCUGAUUCUCCAGGCUGCAGAGGCGUGGUGGUAGAAUUAAGUCUUCAGCUAGGAAGAAAAUGUUUACCUUAAUGGUUAUAUGCAGUACUCAGAUUAUUUUAAAUUUAUAAUCUGACUUGUUUUUAUUGUCUAAAAAGUUGCAUCUCAUCUUUGAUUACAUUAACUAAAGAAGGUUUGAGGGGAAGUGAAGGUGGAAGCUUCACUGGAUUUUCUGCUCUCUGUGUAAUGAAGGUCAAGGCAUAUUGAAUAUUUAAACUGCGAUUACUUAGACCUGGGAAAACUGUAAAGGCAAGUUCUUAAUGUGUGAAUUCACUUCCCACCAUUCCCAAUUGAUUUUUUUUCACCUUAGGCAAUGACAUUGACUAAUUUUACUUUGAUCACAGUUAGUUUAUAGCAACUUUCUUUGCCCCAGUUUGCAAGAGUUGAAUGCAGUUGUUCUUUGUUCUAUUCCACUGGAAUUCCAUGUUGUUUGUCUUGACCUUGGCUCUUAUGAUACAGAAAGCUUUUUAGAGAAAGAUCAAUUUAAUCUGAUUUAGUGAUAACACAGCACAGUGCUGAGCACAAAAUUGAAGUUCAUGAUUAGCUCAUAUAUUCUUUUCAACUCUUUUUCCUUCCCAUAUUCCUCCCUCCCCCAUACCAUUAACACUGUCCCCUGUAGCAUAUCCAGCCAUUUUUAUCCACUGACAGGAGCAGCACCUUGCAUUAAGCUCUGCUUGAGGACUCAAGGAUGAAAAUAUCUGUGGAACACAUGGAGCUCCAGAACAGGUUGAGAAAGAUCAAUUUGGUCACCCUGUAUGAAUUUUCAUGCUGUGCUCUAGACCUGUUACUGUUGGGCAGAGCUUAUUCAGGAGGGUGUUUUCAGAGACAUGUUAAAGCUUUGUAGGAGGAAAGAAAUAACAACUCAAGUUCUUACAGUGCUUCUGCCAUCAAUGUCAUGGUCUAGCAUCAGAUUUUGGGGGAGUAAACUUUAUUUUGCAUGUUUGGUCUUUUGUACUGCCUUAGAGUUGUCAUUCAGAGUUAAUUUCCCCCUUUUUUUUUUUUUUUUUCCUUUUCAGUAGGUAAAUGCCCACAAUGGAAUAAAGCUUGGAGCACAGAAGGCUAGGGACCCAUAUCUAAGCAAGUGAGAGCAUCUGACCUGAACUCCCUUGCAGUGUGGUGUGGAACACUUCUCCCUGCCUGCUGGGAUGUUCUGUUGGUGUUGGAGCUUUUCAUCUGUGUCAGCAAGGGGCUAUUUAUUUGGUAUCACUGGUGGGUGCUAGUGUGUAAGUGAAUGUCAAAAUGUAGGGUGAAAGAGAAGUGUUUCCCUGGAUUUGGGGAUCUUGGAUUUCACCUAGUGGUAAUUCUGUACCUCUCCUUAGAGAAUCCACUCUCACCACACAAGGUGAAAACUUCUCAGCAAUAUAAGAAGAAUUUCCCAUGCAGCUGAAUUUGUUCCUUGCUUCUGAGGAGAGCCCUGCUCUGCCUCCUCUGCAUGUUACAAAUAGGUACUUGAAGAUUCCAGUGAGAUUUUUCCAAUUUGCUUCCUUCUCUUAAGGCUGAACCAGCCUGGUUGUCUUGGUCUCUUUUUGUCCAUCAGGUGGAGUUGCUGCAGGAGGUCACUGUGAGUCUUGUGCUGGGGAGCCCAAAGGCAGAGACAGUGCUGCAGCCAUGAUCUGGGGAAUGCUGCAUGGGUUGGAAGAGGAAUCCUUUUCCUUGGCCUGGUAGCCACACUUCUGCCAGUACAGCUCAGUACCUGUUUGGUCUCUUGCUGCAUGACAAGUGUAAAGUGUAAGGAACAAAUCACAGAGUGAACUGGUUUGCAUUUGAGCAGAUGCAACCACGUUGUCCCUUUCUUCCAAGGAACAGUCCUAGCUUGGGUCUUGUUGAGCAGGAAGCAGCACUGAAGGAUCCUGAUCACUUUUAAAGAUACCUGUGAUUAAUCUUAUCAAGUGAUAGUUUCAAUCCAAUGGAAUUGCCUUGAGUUUCUACCUGCUUCAAAAUCUUUGAGGUUUUUUUUAAGUCCUGCUGCUAAUAAGUGUUGGACUAGGGCAUUAAGAAUGAACCUCUAAAGGAAGAGGAUUUGCUUCAUAAUUUUUGCCCUUGCUGCACACUGAGUUUUUGAGCUUGCAGAUGUCAUCCUGCAGCAAAUGAUCUGUCUUCUCUUGCCAGCCAGUCUCUUGGGCAGCUCCUGCUUCUGCUCCUCAUCAGUUUUUCCCCUCUAUUUGUAGUUAUUUCUGUCAACUCCAGAGUCCUUUAAUCUAACUCCUAAUUUAAUUCCAUUGCUUGAAGGUCUGCAUCUGGCAAGGAUUCUUGUGUUGGGUUGCAGUUACACGAGUAAACAAUCUGUUGUAGAACUUUCUGUGUCCUUCUGGGUGAAAAAUGAUGCCCAAGCUGCUGCUACUAUAGCAUACACUACUGCUGGAAAGUGUAGCUUCCACAGGAGCCAGCUGUGCUGCAGAAAACACAGUUACACUACAAGGUCAUCUGCACUGCUGGAGCUGAUGCCUUCCUGCAUCUCGAUCUGCACCUGAUCAAAACGUGGCUGGGGAAUCUCUCAGGGCUGCCAGGCAGCUCUUGGGCUGGGAUUUGUUAGAUCAGCACCUCUCUCUGCUGGGUGGGUUGUUUGCAGGUGUUUGUGCAUACAGGUGUGGGUGUAUUCCCUGCCAUAACAGUGGGAAUUCUGUAGCUGUGAGGGUGGCCUUUCUCUCUUAGGGUGUCUUUCAUGGGGCAAUAAUACACCAGGGAGCAUUUUACUUUGGCUUGAGCAAGACAUUUUGAAAAAUACUUGGUUUUCUUGGAGCACUAUAUUUAAAUUCCAAAUUUUGAAUCAAUUUGUGACGUUUGUAUUUAUAUGUUUGGAAAAUUCUUUUGAUACCUUUUCAAUUUACCAACACUGAAUUAAAACCUUUCAGAAUGUAUGGUUGGUCCUCUCCUUAUGUGUCACUUUAAGUUUCAGAGCACAAGGGUAGUUGUGCCAAAUCUACUCCUUUGCUCUCAAGACAGAAAAAAAACGUUGACAAUUCAUGGGUGGCAGCUAAGGAAGAAACCCUUUAAAUAUUUUUUUUCAGAGAAUAUUAAAUUAGAUCUGUGUAAACAUAAAAUUUAUAUUUAUUAAUGUGUGAGUGUGUGAGCGUGUGUGUCGAUAUAGAUAUAUAAAUGGUCCAUGACUAUUUCUUUCUCUUGAAUGGUACUUACACAGACUUUUAUACAGUGUGCUGGUAAUUCCUGCACCAGGCACUGUCUCUGAAAGAACGAUGAACCUAUUUUUGUAACGAAUGUGAGCAGCCAGUGGAAGCAGCUUUACUUCAGUGAUUGCUUUCAUUCCUCUCGCAGAGCAGAAGAGGCAACUUGGUACUUGCAUCUUCCUUGUAGGAUCCCUGCUUCUGGCUUUGUCCUGCUUGCAGCAGCCCCAGUCCACGCUGCUUUUCUGGCAAGAAAAACCCCCCAAAUGGCACUAAUGAAAGCUGGAAUCCUUUCUUGUCUGCAGUUCUCUCUAGAUGCAGUAGCAGGGAGUUCUUUACAGGUUCUGCUCUGUAAGUAAUGGGACCUUAUUUCUAACAGAGGAGAUUUAUGGGGGGUCCACAAGGAUGCUGUAAGGCUGAGGAAUUCCUCUCUGUCAGGUGGCUAAGCUAACACUGGGGCACUAGGAAAUAGUUUCUUUUCUUCUGUGGUGAGAUUAUUUUCCUUUUGUCAUGCUUCUGUCUCUUUUUGGGGUAAGGUGUGUCUAUAUCCCCUUAAAAACAAGCACAGAGUUUUUCUAAUGUUUCCACUCACAGGGAGUAAAUUUUGCUGAACUGGCCAAAGUUCAGGUGUGAUUUAAUUCCACAGGGAUCACUAAAUUCACAAAAGGGUGUAUUUUGAACCACGUGGAUCUCUUGAGAAUAAAAGCAAGUGAUACUUGACUUCCUAAUUGCUCUUCCAGAAGCAGAAAUUCUCUCUGAGGAUCUGAGUGAAAGCUUCAGCUCAGCAAUCCCUGCCUGGUGAUGGGGCUGCAGUACUUCAGGGAGGACAGGGCUGGUGAUGGGAAGAGAGACCAGAAUAGGAGCAGUGAAAGGAAGCAGCUUUCCUCCUCAUCCAGCAGAAAACAGCCCCUGUGAAACCCAGACUUCCCCUAACAUUUGGUUGUUGCCUUGUGUCUGCUGCCAAGUUCUGCUGUGAUCUGGACCUCUCUGUCCUGCUCCUACCCCACCUCAGUUUCACUUAAAGCAGUCUGAGACAGAGCCUUCCUUAAAGCUAAGGGCAACAGUGAGGAGAAAUGUCUGGUAGCUGAAGAAAAAUGAGAUUUAAAUGGAGCAGAAAAAGUGAGAAUUCCUUCUGUUUCACUGUCUUGCUGCUAAAAGUCUGCUGCAGAACAUCCUGAUGUUCUGCUGAUUUAUAUGCUGCUCUUGGGAGGUGGGCAGGCUGCUAAGUUGGCUCUGUAGCAGUUGAAUUACUGUAAACCUAAACUUGCUUAAUCUCUCUUUUUUUUUUCUCCCUCAAAUGGGCUUGAAGUAGAGGGAACCAGAGUAUUGUUUGUAAGAUCUUUUUGCUUUAAUAGAAAACAGAAUGUAAAAAGAAAAAAAAAAAAGCAAAACCAAACUCAUUCAAAUAUAGUGAUACAGAAAAUGGCUUUAAAAUAUGAAAUUCUUACAAGACCAUAUGUUGUGUUGGGUUCUGACAUGCUGUUUGUGCUGAGGGGCUGGCCUUGCCCAGCCUGCCAGCCAACCUCCACGUAGCCAAAAAGAGCAUUUUAAGAGUCUGUAGCUAUCCAAAGGACUGUUAUCCAAAGGACUGUUAAAAGCUGUUUAGGGAUAAAUCAAAAGCUGUGUGUGAGCAACGGAUGGUAAAGCUGGAAAUUCAGAUCCAACUCUGAAUAAUUGUUCUAAUUU